AUGGCAAAGCGACCUCUCACUUGGCACGAGGCCAAAGAUGACACUGGAAAGAACGUACUUGUGGGGCUUUGGUUCGCGCCUGAAAGUCCCCAUCAGCGGUAUGUUUUGACUGCUGUUGUUACGGACAUGACAGAUUUUUGGGUCUUGGAAAAAGUGACAGCUUCACGAUUGAAAGAAAUUACUGGUGAAGCAGGGGUAGAGGUCUCGGAUGUGGGUGGUUUCCUAAGCCUGCUCAGAACUGCGAAUGUGAUUUCUGUAACAGGACUCAUGGGAAGUACGAGUUUGGAGUUAGCUGGGUCUGAAUCGGAGUUCAAAAUAAAAAUUCCCGUGUUCAGAGUGAGUGCUGACGAUAAACAGGACAAUUGGAGAAGGCUAUGUUCACAGCUAUUUUCCACCACGUUUGUGAUGAGCAGACAGAUGACCGCAAUCCAAAGAGAGAUGAAGCGAAAAGACAGGAUCAUCAACACAAUGCUGGAGAAGCUCUACAGUCUACAGAGAGAGCCAUGGCUUAGCUCUUCGUCGCAUGAACCAGACGAAGAACAGCUUCUCAGAGAGACUCGAUGGGUUAAGGAUCUCAUCAGAGACCCGCGAUUGUCAAUGUCAUUAUAUAAGUUCGAAUGGGAACGUUUUCAGCGAACUGUGGCGUCACGGCUUCCCCAGCCGGAUGUUCCUCUGUGGAGUUUGAUGAGGGGCAUUUUUCGCAACCACUCUGCAUGGGAGGCAAGUAAGUAUGAUUUUGAUGGGAAUGCUGUGAAUGUGGAGUCUGAGACGUCAGAAGAAGAAUAUGUGGAAGCUGAUGAAAACGACCGUGAUUCUCAAAUGACUGCUGCGCUACCAGUGAGAAAACGGACUUUUGGAACAGUUCAAAGCGACAAGACAGCUGAGACUGCUGAGACUCUUCAACCUGAAAGAAAACUAAAGAAACUGCGAAAGUUCGGGAGAAAUACGUCAUAA